AUGAACGAUUCAGAGUGUGUGGCAAAAUUUAGAUUCAGAAAACGUGACCUUCCACUACUCCCAGAGGUCCUCCAAAUUCAAGAUAGCUUUACGUGCUACCAAAGACCCGUUGCGAGUGAAAUGGAAGCCCUUUCCAUUCUACUGCGAAGGUUGGCUUAUCUGUGCAGAUAUAACGAUAUGCUUCCUCGAUUUGGGAGGCCAGCACCUGUACUUAGCAUGGUCAGCAAUCAAGUACUUGAUUAUGUAUAUGAUGUACACAGCCACAGAAUCACGCAGUGGAAUCGCGAAAUUCUUUCGCCGCAAGCUCUUCAACUAUGUAGCGACGCUAUUGCUGCCCACGGAGCUGCCUUGAAUAACUGUUUUGGAUUUGUUGACCGAACAGUUCGUCCAAUAUGCAGGCCAGGGGAACAUCAGCAGGCGGUAUAUAAUGGUCACAAGAGAGUCCAUGCUCUAAAGUUUUAG